UCAAAAUUGCACCCAUCGCCAUCAUCGGUCACAAUACAGGCCGCUGAGCGCCCCGCUCAUUGCCUACCGUACUCUGAUUAUUCACUUUGUUGCCCAGUAUUGAUGGUCAAAUUAUCUGGAGUGUGGAAGAUUUCAUGUAUACAAGGGAGAGUCAUAGCGUCGAUAGAAAAAUGA